AUAUAAAUAUUCGUACAAAUAAAUAAGUAAAUUUGAGUUAAUCUUCUUUUGUUGAUUUCACAAAUUAAUUCAUUGAUUAUUUUCUGAGAAGUACACCAAAUCUUACAUCUAGUUUAAUAACGACAAAAAUCUUUGUUUACUGUAUAGUGAAAAGAAGCACGUGUGGUUAUUGUGUACUUUAAUUUAUGAAAUAAGUGAUUAAUUUUUUUUAUUUUUUGAUAAUGGACACGUUUGAAUUAACUAUUUGGAAAGGUGAUUGGGGUUUACCGUCAGUUGACACGGAAUGUUUGCAGGUUUUGGUUUAUGCCAAAUUUAAUGAUAUACCUUUGAAAAUUAAUGCAACUAGUAAUCCAUUUAAUGGCAAAUUACCUAUACUAAAAACUAAUGAUGGUACAUUUAAUGAAACCAAGGAUAUAAUAGAAUAUUUUAGAGGAAAGAAUUAUAAUACAGAACAGAAUUUAAGUCGAAAAGAAUGUGCAAAAAUUAUGGCUUAUGAUACAAUGUUGAAAGAAAAAUUAUUUCCAGCAUUGCAGUUCAUUUGGUGGAUAGAUGAGAAAAAUGUGAAUGAAUUAAUAAGACCAUGGUAUUGUAAAACACUGCCCUUUCCAUUAAAUUUUUACUAUCCAGGAAAAUUUGAACGACAAGCUCGAGCUAUGCUUGAAACUUUGUAUCCUGUAGAAGAUAAUAUAAGCAUCAUAGAAAAUAAGGUUUACUCUGAAGCACAGAAAUGUUUGACACUGCUAUCCACAAGUCUUGGGGAUUCAGUAUAUUUUCUGGGUGAAGAACCUACUCUAUUGGAUGCUAUUGUAUAUUCUUACUUAGCGCCAUUGCUCAAAGCUCCUUUACCAAAUCCAGCAUUACAAAACCAUUUAAAAGCCUGCACAAACCUAAUGUCGUACACAUCCCGCAUAUCGGAAAAAUAUUUUUCGAACGAAUGUUGCGAAUAUAAAACCAAAGAAAGUGCUCAAAGUAUAAAAAAAUAUGCACAAAAUGAAUUUCCUAACAAGAGACGAAAUCAGUUCUUUGCUGGAUUUUUUGCUACUUUGGUGAUGGCAACUUACGCAUUUUCAACUGGAAUAUUAGAGAUAUUUGUGUUUUAGCGGUAAUGGUUUGCAUAAUACAGUAAGUAUGUAUAGUUUCCGUAUUGCCGUAAAUCGUUAAUGAAUUAUAAUUUAUAAACAAUUUUUAUUUAUGACGAAAUUUUACGCUACUUAUCUUUUUUCGUAUAUGUUUCUUCAAACAAAGAUUAGUGUUUACUUCUAAAAUGUGAUCAUAAUACUUACACUAAUUAUGUAUAGCUAAGGGUUAGCUAUAGGGGUGGCAUACAUGUGGUAUUCGUCAUAAUGACGGUCAUGAUUUCCUAAACAUUAACCGAUAAUCUGACAGAAAAAUUUUCUUAAGAAAAAUUACUUAAAUUUGUUGAAUCGACACAAUCGAUAGAUCGAAUAUAAUAAAUUCUAAAAAGCGCUUUUUCAAUGAAAAAGUCAGACACACUCACUUUUUUAAAUAACACAAUAUAAUUUUUUAUAGCCAGUGUUGUAAAUUUCAUCUAGUGGACCAUUUAUUGAUAAAUAAAGAUAAAUGCAUAUACAUAUAUAAAAUAAGUAAUAUAUCUGCAGUAUUUAGCUUAUUGAAAACGAAAGUAUAAAAAAGUGCCCACCAUAAUAUACAGUGACAUCGAAUAUAAUAAGCGCUAGUAAUAGUCAGAAGGUUAACUAUAAUCACAAUAAUUACUGCACCAAUUUCACAUGACUUUCAGAUCUAAUGCGCCAAUAGUAUAUAUGUUUAUACAGUAUGAUUUACAUUUACGAAACUAUGAAAUUAAUUAUUAGGAGGAAUAUGUGCUGAGAGAGUGGAAUAUACUUAUGUUUAUCUUAAUAAUAUAGUGGUACAUACGCAUCCUGCACGAAGCCAAAAUGCACGUUUAGACUAGCGUAUCUUCCUCGUGUGGUUGACUCAUGGCAUAAUAUGCAAGUACAUAUAUCGCAUUAGUUCGUAUAAGAUCAUAAUCUAUUUCGUAAUUAAAAUUAUGGAAUUCUAGGAUAUAAAAGGAGCGGCAUUUUGAAAUUCUACAUGCAAUUCCUAAAAUUAAUAUAGAACAUUGCGUUCGGAUUCACGUACAUUUUGAAUCAUUUCGUACUUUGUAUUGUGUCAGUCAUUAUAAUCUACGGGUUACAUUCCCUUUCAAACGUACUGUCGAAUCAUCGUAUUCGGAUAUUCAGUGUCUAAGAACACCCCGCGUCACUCAUUACGUAAAACUGAGCAAGAAUCAUCGCUAAAUCGAGGCUUUAUAAUUCUUGUAACUUAGAUUAUUUCAAGUUACAUUGUAGUUUUGAUUCUUUGUUAGAAUAUACUCGUAUUGUUAAGUU